GCUCGCUGCCCAGCAACCGCUAACAUCACACAGCGGGCCGGCCAUCGCGUGCGCCGCAUUCCGCUACCCCACGCAGAGCUGCGCCCUUUCCUUUCCUGACAGUCAUGCCGUAGUGAUAGGGCACCAUGAACAAGUACGUGAGAGUCAGCAAGAUCGGCGAGGGCUCGUUUGGUAGGGCCAUCCUGGUGAAAUCCAAGGAAGAUGGCAAGCAGUAUGUCAUCAAGGAGAUCAGCAUCUCUAAGAUGUCAAACAAAGAGAGAGAAGAAUCAAGGAGAGAAGUUGCUGUGCUGGCAAACAUGAAGCAUCCGAAUAUUGUGCAGUACCGAGAAUCAUUUGAAGAAAGCGGCUGCCUGUACAUUGUGAUGGACUAUUGUGAAGGAGGGGACUUGUUCAAACGAAUAAACACUCAGAAAGGAGUUUUAUUCUCAGAGGACCAGAUCUUGGACUGGUUUGUUCAGCUGUGUUUGGCUCUCAAACAUGUUCAUGACCGAAAAAUUCUCCAUCGGGAUAUCAAGUCUCAGAAUAUCUUUUUGACCAAAAGUGGGACCAUUCAGCUGGGUGAUUUUGGAAUAGCGAGAGUACUGAACAGUACAAUAGAACUGGCUCGGACAUGUAUAGGAACACCAUAUUACCUGUCUCCUGAAAUAUGUGAGAAUCGGCCCUACAACAAUAAGAGUGACAUUUGGGCCCUGGGAUGUGUCCUAUAUGAAAUGUGCACUCUCAAACAUGCGUUUGAAGCCGGUAACAUGAAAAACCUAGUUUUGAAGAUCAUUCGAGGAUCUUACCCUCCGGUGUCUGUACAUUAUUCCUAUGACCUCCGCAACCUGCUUUCUAUGCUUUUUAAGAGGAAUCCCAAGGAUCGUCCAUCUGUCAACUCCAUAUUGGAGAAGCCUUUUAUAUUUAAACGCAUUGAAAAGUUUUUAUCUCCAAAGCUUAUUGCUGAUGAGUUUGGUGUGGGAGCAGCUCUGAAUCCGCCUAAACCUGUAGCCCAUGCCGGAGCAGCCAAAAGACCAGCACAAGUGACACCAUCAGCCUCCCCUCCUGCUCAGAAAAUUACAAAGCCGGCUGCUAAGUACGGAGUGCCUUUAACUGUCAAAAAGUCUGUGGACGCUGCUAAGAAGUGUUACGAGAGAAAGCCACAGGUCAAACACCGACAGGCCCCAGCAGUGCCAAUGAAGAAAAUGAAUCCAGUAGAAGAAAGGAGGAAAAUGUUUGAGGAUGUGGGUAAGAAAAAAAGACUAGACGUUAGACAGCUUGAGAAAGAGAAGAGACAGAGAGAGCAGAUGAACCUGCUGAAAGCCGAGCAGAUGAGACGACUGGAGAAGGAAAGAAUGGAGCGGAUAAAUCGUGCAAGGGAGCAAGGCUGGAAGAAUGUGAUUGGCUCAGGAGGAAGUGGAGACUUAAAGGCACCAUAUUUUGGGGGUGGAGGAGGAGCAGUCCCUUCACAGGCUGCUGUGCGUGCAUCCUAUGAACAUUAUCAUUCUAUACUUGACCAGCUGCAGAAACAGAAGGCAACAGAUGACAAAGAGGUCAAGCACAGAGCAGAGAUGCAGAAUCUGGAUGCAGCACCUAAAGCUGCAGUCCCGGUGGAACCUUCCAAUGGCCCAGUUGCUCAUUCCCAAUUCCCUAAUGGAGAUGCAGUGAGGAAGGAACUGAAGAGGCUGGAAGACGUUUCCAAGCAAGCAUUUGUAGACAAACAUCGAGGACAUGUAGCUGCUGAAAGGGCAAGGCAAGUUGAGGAAUUCUGGCAGCGGAAGCAGGAGGCCAUGCAAAACAAAGCGCGUGCAGAGGGACACAUGGACGCUGUGUACAGCCUGGCAGCUAUAUAUGGAGGCAGACCAAGCUCUGCUGGAGGAGGGAAGGCCCGACACAAGGAAGAACAGGAAUAUUUGGCGAGGCUCAGACAAAUUCGGCUCCAGAAUUUCAAUGAAAGACAGCAAAUCAAAGCUAAAUUGCGUGGGGAGAAGGGAGAAGAAGGUGAGCAGUGUCGAAGAGAUGGCAAUGAAGAAGCUGAGCUAAGAAGAAAGAAAAUUGAAGCUUUAAAGGCCCAGGCAAAUGCUCGAGCGGCUGUAUUAAAAGAGGAACUUGAACGUAAGAGAAGAGAAGCGGAUGAGAGGGAAAAAAGAGCCUGGGAUGAACAUUUGGCUGCCCGGGGUUUCAAGAAUCCUAAUGUGCCUUUUAAUGCUGCAGGACCAACUCCAGCCUCCCCCAGCCAUGCAUCUCCUGCAGAUGUUGGGGGUUCCCCAGUCAAAGGACAGCCUCCCUUGAAACCUAGCACACCAGCCAUCUCGAUGACCUCUGCGCUGAAGAAUGUUGGAGCUCAGGUUGAAGUGGCAGAAAUCAGGGACAACACAGAAGACCCCCAAAAAGCCGAUACUCCAUUCCAAAAUGAGAAACGACAAAUACUAAAGAGAUUGAACCAGAAUCUUAAAGCUCAGGAAGACGUGGGAUUACCCAAUGAUGAUAUCCCAGUAAAGGCUGAUAACGGUGAUGGUGAGCAGCAAGAAAACCAUGUUUCUGACCGCAAGAAGUGGCAAGCAGAAGAUCCAGUAAUUCCCCUUGCACAACUCACUCUUAUAGAGGAUACUAUAUGUGCUGCUGACAAUAAGACUGUUGGAGGUGUAAUAAAGCUGGCUUUGGAGGAAAGACAAAGGCCUGAAUGGAGGAAGAGUCCAGCGGACUCCGUUGUGAAGAUCCUUGGUGAAGCACAACUCCAGCUCCAAACAGAACUGCUGCGAGUCACCAGCGGUCCAGUUGAAGAAGACACUACUACCGCUCAGUCACUUGAGGAAUCAGAAUGGAAAGGUCCCUGUAUGGAUAUGGAUUCCUUAAUCUCACCUGAUGCACAGCAUGUCCCUAUGGCUCAGGAGCCCACGUCUUCAGUGAAUGUUACCAUUGCAUCUGAUUCUUACAAGGCUCAGGAUGCUCCAGUUGGUGAGCCUCAGGUCCGCAGUGAUGAAGAGCAUCCAGCACAAAAUCACUUUCAGGAUGAUGAGACGGUUAAGGAGUUUCCUACUGACAUGGACUUGCUGGAGGGAGUGAAUGCUCCUAAACCAGAAGAGAUUCUUUCCCCCAAGCAGGGACAGCUGGAUACGGUUUUUGAUUCUUGCCCGGGUGAAGAUCAGUCCUGCGAAGAGCCUGAGGACAUAGAGACUGAAAUAUUGGAAGAUACCAAAGCAAAUAGACGUGAUGAGCGACCUGUCAAAACUUCAAGUGUUUGGAAUGAGCAAACCCUGGAAAAAAGUGAGGAAGAAGAGCAUCCUGUACACGAGCAUGACUCUCAAAGGGAGGACACUAAUACUGAUACAGAAUGCUCAGGGAAUGAAGAAGGUAGAGAACAUUGUGUAGGAGAUGCACCCAAAGCACUAUUUCAUAAAGUUCCCUUACCCCACAAUGUUGUCACGCCAAAUCUGUCUGCACAGUCUUCAUUUGAUGACUCCCUGCCACCGCGUUCUCGCUCUGCAUCUCCAGACAAGACAAAAGGCAAGGCAGCAUUGUUGAUUGGACUCUCAACUGGUCUGUUUGAUGCAAAUAAUCCAAAGAUGCUGAGGACCUGCUCGUUGCCUGAUCUGUCCAAGUUGUUUAAGACCUUGGUGGAUGUACCUAGCGUGGCUGAUUUGCAGGGUGAGGAGCAUCUAGAAAUAGAGGACAUUGAAGAUGAGCCUGAACGUGAUGUUGAUCAUUCAGAUUCUGAAGACACUAUGUUUGGCGAAACAGACCAAGAUCUUCAGGAACUCCGGGCUUCAAUGGAGCAGUUACUAAGGGAGGAGUCAAAUGAAGAUUACUGUGGGCCAGAAGAUACCGGAAGUGAAGAUAAAAAUAAAAUGAGUGAAGAGCAAAAUAAUGAUGUGGAGCCUGAAGUGGUGGAAGACGAGGAGAAUCCGCCAAGCAGUGAAAGUGAGAUCAAUGAAGAAUGGCACUCAGAUGAUAGCAGUGAGGAUUUUGAGAAUGAAAAUGAUGACGGUGACAGCGUCUUUGGUCACCUGGAGGAAAUGAGGCUGAAAUUAGAGCAAGAGAUUGGGUUUGAAAGGUUCAUUGAGGUUUACAAUAAAAUAAAGGCCAUACACGAAGAUGAAGAUGAAAAUAUUGACACAUGUUCAAUAGUUAUGGAAAAAAUCUUAGGCAGUGAAGAGCUGUAUUUAUAUCCCAUGAUACUCCGCCUAGUCAUGGCUGAUGGAGCCUAUCAAGAAGACAAUGAUGAAGAAUAAAUAUCUCAGGAUCCUCAUCUACACCUUUUUGCUGUUGCUGUCUGCAUCACGUUUAGCCAUUCCGCUGCAAAGCCGGUUUCUUUUGUUUGUUUGUUUGCUUUUAACACAGAUGAUUUUCUGUCUGCAUGCAAUAUGGGAAUCCAUAUGUAUUCACCCAUACUGCAUACACAUGAGGUAUGUAUUUGUGUCUCUUGAUGAAAGCAACAGAGCCAUAAUUUAUUACGUAUUUUUGUUGGUGUGUUCAUGCUGUCCUAUUAAAGCUAAGACAUGAGUCUUCUGGUGUCACUGAUACACGCACUAGUGUUUUAUUACCAAGGCCGGGAACAUGCUUUGUCUUUACCCUCAAAAGAAAUCAAAUUCAGUUCAUUUCCACCUGCUUUUAAUUGCUCUUGUUUUCUUCCAUUUUUGGUAUUUGUUAUUUAAAACAUGUUUUCUAUAAUUUGUUCAUUUCUAAAUUAUUUGUCUGUUUGUGUUAAGACCUCUGGAGUUUUUAUUAGGGUCUAAUGAAUAAUAAAAUGUUCUAAAGAAUAGUAAAAUGCAUAAUAAAAAUAAUAUUUGACAUUCUCUUGUUGAGUAUGAACAUAUGUCGGUCUCAGGCCGGGCUGAGCUAUUACUUUUGCAUAAUCGAUAUAGAUUGCUAUGAUAUGUGUGAAAAUUAAUGUUUGCCGUUUUUAUAACUCACAUUAUAUGUAUGGGAAUCAUACUUAAAGGGGCAGUUCACUUUUAACACUUAAAGCGAACCUGUCAGGCUGAAUGUGGUGUCUUUGCUGCCCUAUGGAACAGGAGGAGUUGAGCAGAUUGAUAUAUAGGUUUGUAGGAAAAGAUUUAGUAAAACUCAUAAUUUAUUCAGUUAAAUUCCUGCCCAUUCUGGGCUUUGAAGUCAAGGAGUCGGUCCUAUCAGUGAUUGACAGUUAUCUUUGUAGGGAAAGCUGUCAAUCACUGAUAGGACUGCCACCUUGACUUCAAAGCCCAAAAUGAAAAGGAAUUUAAGUUAAUAAAAUACAAGUUAUACUUUGUCAAUAUUGUACUGAUCCUACCAUUAAGCUUCUAUUCGAAUCCACACUAUUGCUUGCUUGCUGCUUUUCAUCCUUGGAAUGUAGCCUUCACUAUAAGCACUGGGCAGUAUUCUGACGGAAAAGGGUACAACUUCUACCACAUUCAAGGAGUUGAUCUGUCUGCCAUUCACAGCCAGUUAAAUUGUGAAUUCAGGUCCGGACUGUAAUAAAGUCAGGAACACAGUGCAGUCAUUAGGUAGAGCUGGGAAUGCAUAAACCAAAUACCCUCUUAAAGGGAUUCUCCAGGAAUGUAUCAAAAUGGCCUACAGCAACUUAUCCAAAAAUGUGACUAGGAUGAGUUGUCUCAACUUCUAUGGCUGCUUAGAGAGGGUGAGGGGUGGGACCUCAGUAUACUGUGCAUCAGCAAAGAGCGAUGUGAUCCUGCUUCCUGUUGCUGUCGGGCUGCUCAGGCUUGCAUCAUUAAUAUCUAUUUUAGAGCAGAGUUCCUGCUUUACAAUGGAUAGUACUGAAGCAGUCCUACGUGAGAUAUGUUGGCAGGCCUAGCAACCUGACAGCACAGCUCACUGUGCAGCGACUUCAGCCCCCCACUGGAGUGCACUAUAGCGAGGCCCCCUCCUCCUCACCACUCCAAGCAGCUGUAGAAGUGAAGGCAACCAUCCUAGUCAUAUUGUAGGAUGGGUUUCCAGGGGCCAUUUUAAUACACUCCCGGAGGACCCAUUUAACGUCAAUUUUUCUUUAAGGAGUCUCAUGUAUUCUAUUGGUUACCAUAACAAUGCCUUAAUUGUGUUUAACCCGAAUAAAAAAAGAAUAGAAAGUAUAUUUGUAACAUUAUCAAAUAGAUAUCAUAUGUUAUUGUAUAGUAUACAUUUUGGAGACCAACUUAUAAAGCAUUUGCGUAUAUUAUAGAAAUGUAUUCUACGUUGAAUGCAACUACACUGAUAUGCAGAUUAUUUCUAACCUUUCAAAAUAAAGAUG